AUGGCUCGUGCCGAAGUGGAAUACUCUCGUGAGUCGGUUUUGCCCGUCUUCAAAAACCGACUCACGGGAGAAACGGGUUCGCUCCAGCGUCCUUACAAAGCGCGACCCAGCAUUGAAUCCAGACGUACCGCCUCUUACAAUAUCUUUCCGCCUCAGAAUCUCAACGGUUCUCAAGAGUUCCCAUUCCCCGAUGUUUCCGACAACGCGCGCUCCCCCGUGGAUCGCAGAAAUCGCGGUUCCAUGGCUUCCAGCUUUGCCAACGACACUCCAAUGGAACAGCCCUGGGUAUCAGAGUCUCAUCAGUUGAUGGACGCGCCCGAAAACAACAUUUCCUCGGACGGUCUCGACUAUCGGACCCACAAGAGCAAAUCUGUGAAGCCGAGGGUACACAUCAAGCCCAUCUUGCGAAAAAUGUCUCGAGAUGACGCGCCGUCGACCUCGAUUGAUUUAUCCCGAUCUUCUACUGAACAAGAGGGACUGGGUAUCUACAUGAACUUCGAACGCGAGCGCGGUGGGUCUGUGACGGGUGUCACAUAUAAAAGAACACCCACCGGUCUACACAAUCGAUCUACUAGCGGAACCUCUCAAUUUUCAAACGGGUCAGGAUCUAGUGGAGGGAAGCCUGGAUCACAGUAUGUGCAUCCAAUGAGGCAAACUCCCCGAGCAUACACGCCACCGCUAGGCCAGUCCUAUCAAGAUUCGAAUGAAAGCGAUGACCUGGAUGAAAGCCCCGAGUCAGAGCCUGCAGACCUGCCAGAGUCGUAUUCUAGCCAAGCGCCACCUCGAUUGUCAUUGCAAAUUCAAGAUGACUCGCUCACGCGUCUCCCUUCGAUUUCGCAGACCAACGUGACCAGCCGGCCAUCCUUCAGUUACUCGCGUGAUAUGGACUCUACCACGUCUCCGAUGUCUCGAAACUCUCUCGACUUCGUGUUCCGAUCUCGAACCCGUACCAGCACCGAUCCCAUCUCGCGUGCGGCAACUGUCCAAGCAGCCCGCCAAGCGUUUGAAGACAAAGAGGCUGAAAAAAGCCUACGCCUCGAGAAACAACAGAUCAAAGCCGAAGAGAGGGGCAGUCGACGCCGCUUGAAACGACACACCUCCUCGAAUGCCCCUGAGUCACCCGUCAUGCAGUCGAGCGAAGAUAUUUCCGAGAAGCCCCGCCGAUCCACUAUUCAUGAAAGCGAACAACACAGCGCCUCAUGGAAGUCGCAAUCAAAAAGCACCUGGGUGCUCUUCAUGACAUGGCUUCGGACCCGGAUCUUCAAAUUGAAGCGAAAGAUCCGCAAACACUGA